AUGAUUGAUCUGCUAGGUGAUGGCAUAAUUGAUGUGCGCACCGCGUUUGGGUGGAUAUCAACCGGACCGCGUGAAUUCGGAAUAGGGCAAGGUUCAAUACUUUCGAUUCUGCGCAUAGCGUGUUAUAUGGACUACCUGCAAGAACAAUUGGCGGGCUGUCCUGACCCUGUUGAAGUUCGACACCACCAAACCGGAGGAGGCAUAGAGAUCAGUAGCACGCUCUUUGUCGAUGACCAACUUGAUAUGACCACCUCGCUCCGUCGAAUUCAAGCUAGAGCCAAGACGACAAAUAUCUUUACGGGCAAAGCGGGUACUGGAGGCGUGUUUGGUGCGGAGAAAUCAUUCAUGAUGUACAUGACUUCGAAUAAUGAGCACUUUGAUGCCGUACAGCUAAUUGACGGCUUAGGAAUUCCACGGGAGGUGAAGGCUGUUUCUCCGGAGGAAGGUUUUAAGCAUCUAGGGGUCUAUCAAGGUGGUGAUAACCUUUGGGAGGCUACGAUUACACCAACCUGGGUCCGUCUCACAGAAGAAGCUGGUCGAAUCGUCCGGCAGAAACUUUCACUCGUGCAAUUUCGAUAUAUUGUGAACUCAGUCUGGAUUCCCCAUUUACGAUAUCGUAUGGUGCUUGGAGGGGCCAUUGGGGUAGCGGGGAGUAUUGGCACAUUUAUCAGGCAAGUUGCUCGGUCAGUGUUACGCCUCCCACAUUCCACUCCUAGAUCGGUCUAUUAUGAUAAAGUCAACGGCCUCGGAUUGUUGAGUUGCGAACUCGACGCCAAUGUCCACCGCUACAACGAAGCUGUUCGAAUACUGAACUCCCCCGAUCUACCGGUCUAUCAUUUGCUUGUCGAGUCACUAGAGAUGUACCAGGUGAACGCCGGACUUACGGAGAAUCCGCUUAGUGUACCUAUCAAACCCCCAGUACAGGUUACGACGUGGGCAGGGUGCAUAAUACGCUUCGCGGCGGCAAUGACCCCACCACUAAAGCUUGAUUGUAAAUGGAAGCAGCCACCCGCUGCACUCGCCAAACGUUCUAAUGAUCGACCAUUACUCCACUACACGCGGCAGGAGCUGCGACCAAAGCUGGUAGCUGUUAAUUGGAACACGGACUAUAAGCUGCAGUACCUCGGGGACAUUGUUACAGACUGUGGAACGCGGCUACUUACACGGGCUCAACUCCAACAAAAAGGGAUGUGGCAGGGAGCCAAGCGGGCACGGGUUGACGAGCUUUAUUCCGAAUGGAAAGAGCAGCUCGCAAAAGGUGGGUCAUUGGACGUGCGUGAACCGGUGUGA